AUGGAAGCCGACAGCAACAGCUCCUCUGGGAGCUUCGUUCUGUUGGGAAUAUCUGACCAGCCCCAGCUGGAGAUGGUCUUUUUUGUAGUCAUCUUCUUCUCUUACUUGGUGACCCUGGUUGGGAACUCAACCAUCAUCUUGCUUUCCCGCCUUGACGCCCGGCUGCACACGCCCAUGUACUUCUUCCUCAGCAACCUCUCCUCCCUGGACCUCGCCUUCACUACCAGUUCAGUGCCCCAAAUGCUGAAGAACUUAUGGGGGCCAGACAAGACAAUCAGCUACGGCGGAUGCGUAACUCAACUGUAUGUCUUCCUUUGGCUGGGGGCUACCGAAUGCAUACUGCUGGUGGUGAUGGCGUUUGAUCGGUACGUAGCAGUUUGCCGGCCCCUGCACUACAUGAGCGUCAUGAACCCGCGGCUCUGCUGGCUGCUGGCGGCUCUCAGCUGGUUGGGGGGCUUAGGCAACUCUGUGAUUCAGUCGACAUUCACUCUGCAGCUCCCAUUUUGCGGACACCGCAGGGUGGACAACUUCCUGUGUGAGGUGCCCGCCAUGAUUAAAUUAGCCUGCGGAGACACGAGUCUCAACGAGGCUGUGCUCAAUGGGGUCUGCACCUUCUUCACCGCUGUCCCGCUCAGCAUCAUCCUCAUGUCGUACUCCUUCGUUGCUCAGGCAGUGAUGAAGAUGCGCUCUGCGGAGGGACGUCGGAAGGCCUUUAAUACGUGCCUCUCCCAUUUGCUCGUCGUGUUCCUCUUCUAUGGCUCAGCUGUCUAUGGGUAUCUGCUUCCAGCUAAGAGCAGUAAUCAGGACCAAGGGAAAUUCAUUUCUCUCUUCUACUCUGUGGUCACACCCAUGGUGAAUCCUCUCAUCUACACCCUAAGGAACAAAGAAGUGAAGGGGGCGCUGGGAAGAUUGCUGGGGAGAGGAAGAGAAGGCGGCUGA